UCCAGACUGAGCAGGCGUCCUGCCCUCACUGAGGAGCUCCACUCGGGUAUCUUCUUCCAUCUCAGUAGCUGGCUGGGACAGCAACAAAGCAAACAUAUAUAUCGUAACCAACAUGGUGAAGCAUUAGCAUAAGACCCACAGAGUUUUUGGCUCAGGUUGAGAAUGGCAGACAGAAAAAGAAAACCAGCGGCUUCCAUCAAACCCAUCACGAAGAAAGAAAAAGUAGAGCUAAAGAAAAAGGAAGAAGAGAAAGCUGCAGAGGUUUUUGAAGAAUUUGUAGCAUCUUUUGAAACCAGUGAAAAAAGCAAAGUGAAGACUUUCGUACGAGGGGGAAUUGUAAAUGCUACUAAAGAGGAGGAAGAAGCAGAGAUCAAGAAAAGUAAGCUGUACCGACCCGCCACAAGGUUUGUCCCUGUGUCUCAACAUGCCUCACCACCAUCAUCGUCUGAAAGCAAAAAGUCUGUAUUCAAAAGAAAGACAGAAGAAAAGAAGAAGAAGAGUAAUCUUGAACUUUUUAAAGAGGAACUUAAGCUAAUACAGGAGGAACGUGAGGAAAGACAUAAGAGGAAGAAACAUGACCCUGAAGUUGGAGGUGAAGGGGGAGGUUACGCAGAUCUGGACGUUCCAUUACCGGGACGAUCAAUGCUGUACGAUGACCUGACUGCCCCAGUCACCACUAACCUCUACAUUAACUGCAUUAGCCCCAAGAUGAAUGAAGAGCUACUCUGCAGAGAGUUUUGUAAAUAUGGUCCUUUGGCCAGUGUGAAGAUCAUGUGGCCCCGAACAGACGAGGAGCGCUGCAGGACUUCAAACAGAGCCUUUGUGGCGUUCAUGACCCGGAAAGAUGCGGAGAGAGCCAUGGCUGCUCUUGAUGGUAAAGUGAUUAUGGGCUUUGAAAUGAAGCUAGGAUGGGGCAAACCAGCCCGUAUACCCCCUCAGCCACUGUACACACCAGCUGGGGUGAGAGUGGCACCUCCUCCCCCAUCUGGUCUCCCUUUCAAUGCUCAGCCAAGGGAUCGGUUCCGCAACGACUUCACAAAGCCACUGGGCACAUCCAAAGCAGAGCUCGACAAGACUCUGUCCGAAGCCGUAGUCAAAGUGGUUAUCCCAACCGAAAGGAAUCUGCUAUUCCUUAUUCACAGGAUGAUAGAGUUUGUGGUGCGUGAAGGCCCUCUGUUUGAAGCCAUGAUAAUGAGCAAAGAAAAGAACAAUCCAGAUUACAGGUUUCUUUUUGAAAACAAAAGCCAAGAUCAUGUUUAUUAUCGCUGGAAACUGUUCUCCAUCCUCCAGGGCGAGUCCCCAACAAAGUGGAGAACAGCAGAAUUUCGGUUGUUCAGAGGAGGCUCAUUAUGGAGACCACCCAUCCUCAACAGCUACACUGAGAGGUGUGAAGAGGGUGCAGGGAUAGAGGAGGCCGCUCCUUCUGAGGAGGAGGUGAAGAAGGGCCAGCUCAGAGCCGAGCACCGAGAGAGACUGGAGACUCUUCUGGAGGAGCUCACUCCCAGCAGAGAAGAUAUUGCCAACGCCAUGUUGUUCUGUCUUGAUCGGGCAGAUGCAGCAGAGGAAGUAGUGGGACACAUUUCGGACUCUUUCUGUUCGCUUCAAGUUCCCCUACAGAAGAAGAUUUCUAGAUUAUAUCUCGUGUCAGACAUCUUGCACAACUCAUGUGCCAAAGUGGCCGGGGCAUCGUAUUAUCGGAAAUAUUUUGAAACGAAGUUACCAGAGAUAUUUGAGCAGCUCCAUGCAGCACACAAAAACAUCCAAGCCAGACUGCAGGCUGAACAGUUUAAGCAAAAGGUCAUAAAUUGUUUUAGAGCAUGGGAAGACUGGGCCAUAUAUCCCCAACCUUAUCUAAUCCAGCUGCAGAAUAUCUUUUUGGGCUUUGCCAAAGCAGGAGAUGAGGACAUAGAGGCCACAACGGAGGUGUCUUGUGAGAUCGACGGUGCACCGUUGGACAGCGCACUUAUAGAUGGGCUCCCUAUGCAAAGAACUCCGGUGGAUGACAUAGACGGGUGCCCCAUGGGCUGGGACCCCCUGGAUGGAGUCCCUGUUGAUGACAUCGAUGGCGUGCCCCUAAACGCUGCUGUUGAGGACAUCGAUGGCCUACCUUUGGAUGAAAGUAAUCUCUCCAGAGUGCCUUUGUCUAAAUGGGAGAAGAUCAGUGAUACUGUCCAAACGGUCUCCAAGUGGAAUACUUUAAGUGAGCAGGAUGGUGAAAAUAGGGCUGACAUUAGCUGCAACUUACAGGAUGAAGAUGGGGACUCAGAGAGUGACAGCAGUGCUGAUUCCUGCAGGUCGCCUAACUAUGAGGGUGCAGUUUUCUCACAAAUGUCUGAGAGUAAAAGAAAAAGGCUGAGGGAGGUGGAAGUAAAGGUUAUGAAACUCCAAGAUGAGUUGGAAUCUGGAAAAAAACAGAGGAAGUCUGGGAUGAGCAUACAGCAGCAAGUGGAGAACUACAGGGAAAAGCUGCUGCAGAAGGAGUUUCACAAGGAUGAAGAAAAGAGUGAGAGGUCAAAGUCUAAAGAUGGGCAGCGGGAUGACAGAAGACACAAAGACAGAAGCAAAAAAAAUGAGGACGGAGACAGAAGGCAGAACAGUAAUCCUGGAGAAAAGCCUCGAAAAUCAAGGAGCAUUUCUCCUUCAAGAACAAAGUCUCCUAAAUGGUCCAAACGUUCCCGGUCGCCAUCUCCAGAGCAGAAGGCAGGCAAAUCCAAGUCCCGAUCCCCACAUCGAUCCCAUAAGAAGACAAAGAAGAGUAAACACUAACUUGAUUCAGGACAUCGACAUCAUUUGUUGUCCUGCAAACCCGUCUCUUCUCUUGGUUCCACCUUAAAUAAGACUCGGCACCUUUUUUUAAAUUGUGAAGUUUCACCACUGUACCUACUUAUAUAUAUUUUUUGGUUUUUAAAAUGGUGAGAUGUUGCUGCAAAGAUCUGACACUAAAUAAAUCACCGUUGGUGAUGAG